AUGCCAUCUCCCGAAGCAGAAUCCAUUGUCAAUCUCUACAAGUUCAUCAAGGGCACCCUGGCCAAGACGUCCCAAGGCUCGUUUGAUGAGAUCCGGUACAUGUUUGAGCUCAAUCAGAUCCUCGCCGCCGAACCUACGGAUGUCGUCUACGAAGAAGUUCUCUGUCCUGGCACCGUGCGACCGGCCAUCUGGUGUAAACCGACCACGGCGAACCCUGGUCAUGUCAUUCUGUACCUGCACGGAGGAGGGUGCUUUGCCGGGUCACCGCAGAGCCACCGGAAACUGGCUGCUCAUCUGGCCAAAGCAGCCGGCGCCCAAGCGUUGUUGACCGACUUCCACCUGGCGCCCCAGUUUCGGUUUCCCACACAGAUCGAGGAUGCAGUGGCCACGUUUAAAUGGCUGCUAGGACGGGGUAUCGAGGCUCGCAAGAUCGUGCUGGCCGGGGACUCGGCUGGGGGAAAUCUCGCCAUCACCACCACGCUGAAACUGAAGGAAGAGGGUGUCGGUCUUCCCGGGGGUAUCGUGGCUAUCUCUCCCUGGGUUGACCUGGAGGCCACUGGCGAGUCCCUUGACUCCAACGCUCAGAGGGACGUCUUUGCCAAUCGAGGAACCGAGGCGUACUUCAGCCAGCUGUACCUGGACCAGGCCUCACCGAAGCUGCCCCUCGCUAACCCGCUGUACGCAGACUUGAACGGCUUUCCCCCCAUUCACGUCUCGGUUGGUGAGUGGGAGGUUCUACUCAGUGACUCGGAGAAGCUCGUCCAACGAGCCAAACAAGCUGGCGUCGAUGUCACCCACGAAGUUGGGCCGGAAAUGCAGCACGUUUACCAACUCAUGGCUGGGAAGGCUCCAGAGGCGGACAAGACAAUUACGAACACGGGGAGAUGGCUUCAAGCCAAAGUUUUUUCGCUAUAG